AUGGAUGUAAAUGGUAACAUAGUUGAGGAUGAGGAAGGACUGGUAGCCAUUGCUACCAACUACUUUCAGCAAAUCUUCGAGUCUUCUAUUCCAGAAGACAUUGAAGAGGCGCUAUCUGAAGUUCCAGCGACGAUCACAGGAUCAAUGAAUGAUAGCCUCACAACUCAUGUUUCUGAAUGGGAGGUUAAAUUAGCUCUCUUUGCCAUGCAUCCAGAUAAGGCGCCGGGACCGGAUGGGAUGACUGCACUUUUUUACCAACAGUUUUGGGAUAUAGUCAAGGAGGAUUUAACUCUUAUGGUGAAUAAAUUCCUUCUUGAUGGACAUAUAGCCAAUGGUCUGAAUGAUACAAACAUAUGCCUUAUCCCAAAAACAACUAAGCCUAAUAAUAUGGCUCAGUUCAGACUCAUAAGUUUGUGUAAUGUUAGCUACAAGAUCGUCUCUAAGGUCUUAUGCGAGAGACUAAAGAAAGUCUUGCCAGGAUUGAUAUCAGAAACUCAGUCAGCCUUUGUUGCUGGAAGACAGAUUUCAGAUAAUAUCAUGAUAGCUCAAGAAAUGUUUCAUGCCCUAAGAACCAAACCAAGUGGACGUAAUAAGAGGAUGGCCAUCAAGACAGAUAUGAGUAAGGCAUAUGAUAGGAUGGAAUGGUCGUUUAUCGAAGCUAUGAUGCGAAAGAUGGGAUUCUCUGAAACAUGGAUCACUUGGAUUAUGAGGUGCAUUACGUCGGUUAAAUAUAAAGUUCUUAUGAACGGGCAGCCAAGAGGGAAUAUUCUCCCAGGUAGAGCACUACUAGCGAAGCAACUAUGGAGACUGGUUCAAUACCCUGAUUCACUGGUUGCCCGGGUCUUAAGGGGGAGAUAUUAUAGGACGACCUCGCCAUUAAGAGCGACCUCUAGUAGCAGCCCAUCAUAUGUGUGGACAAGCAUCUCCGCCGCAAGGAAGCUUCUACUGCUAGGGAUCAGACAUAAGAUUCAUUCUGGUUAUGACGUCAGGGUGUGGGAGGAUAUGUGGAUUCCAACGACACCUGCUAGACCAGCUAGACCUGUAGCGCCUGUAAUGCACUUAAAUAUGAGAGUCAGUGACAUCAUUAACCAGGAAUCAAAGGAAUGGGAUGCAGGAUUACUAGAUAAUUAUGUCCAUCCUGAGGAUAUACCACUCAUUCGCAGUAUGGCCAUAAGCUCUACUCAUCGCCGUGAUACUUUCUGUUGGAACUACACAAGGAAUGGCCAAUACACAGUCAAAUCUGGAUAUUGGGUUGCUCAAAAUCUAUUGAAGCAAGAAGAGGAAAAAGAAAUAUUGGAGCCAAGUAUCACUAAACUCCAGGACUUUGCUUGGAAGUUGCAAGCGCCAAGGAAGAUGUGCCAUCUUGUAUGGCAAUUGAUAACGGGUCAGGUAGCAGUAACGAGGAAUCUAGCAAGGCGUAAUAUGAGCAUUGCAAGUAUGGUCUUUAUCGGCAACUCUACAAGUCCAGUUAUAUUCCCAGUGGCUCGUAAUGAUAAGCUUUUCAGGGGUAUAAACAGAGAUCCUUUGGAACUCGUUCGAUCUGCAGAGAGUGAAUGCCAAGCCUGGUUUAAUGCCAAUGAGAUGAUACCGCCACAAGUACAGGCCAGUAAUAAUGAGGAAAACCAAGUCUUAAGCUUGGGUAAUAUCUGUCUACUAGACGGAUCCUGGAAAGCUUCUGAACGCUUUAGUGGAUGUGGAUGGGUCUGGAUUGAUAGUAGGGAGAACAUACAACUUAUGGGAACACGGAACUUCACUCGAUGUGAUACAGCGUUGCAUUCGGAGGUAGAAGCGCUGCGAUGGGCGAUGGAGAAUAUGCUUCAACACUCGCCGUGCCAGAGCUUUGGAACAGACUGCAAGGAGUUGAUUGCAAUGCUAAAUGACCCCCAGGAGUGGCCAAGCUUUGCGAUAGAACUGGAGAAGAUAGAGACGUUGAAGAUUUGUUUUCCGGACUUCAAAAUCAACCAUGUGCCAAGAGGAUAA